AUUUUUGUCGUCGCUGACGGGGUGCCUUAAGUUGGGGCUGCCGAAUGAACGUUUUCGUCUGGCUCGAUCCUUGCAGCUGGUGUGCCGACGUUGCUGUCGUUUUCCAGAAAAAUAAAGCUGUGUUUGUAAUUAUGACAUUUCCUAGCCACAAAUAAGGAUGAUUGAAAUGGUUCUCGUUUGAAAAACAUUAUGUACAGUGUGGUGCAUUCGUAAAGUUUUUUCUUUUGUUUAACGAGGUCUGGUGAGGACCACAAGACAGCAUUUCAAAAUGAUGUUUCCAAAUCAAUAGACCGUCCUGCAUGAACCAUUUCCCGCCCGCCAUUUGAGUUGCCCAUGUCCUCCUCAGAGCCGAGCACGGCUCCUCCCCGUCCGCUUGCUGUGCUGUGACAGGGUCCGACCCGGCCAUGGGCAAGGACGGCAAUAACGGUUUCAUUCUCUCAUCUAAGAAGGCCGCCUGCCGUUACCGCGGCGAGCAGGGGCGGGAGGUGGAGAAGCUGCGCGCCGCCCUAGAGGCGGAGAAGAGCAAGAGCAGGCAGGCGCAGCGGAAGCUGGCGGUGGAGCUGAGGCGUCUCCGGGAGGCCGCCGAGCGGGAGCGUCUGAAAGCGGAGCGGGACCUGACCUCCAGGCAUGAGCAGGAGAAGGCCCUGGAGCUGCUGAGGCUGCGGGAGGCGCUGCAGAGGGAGCGCCACGCCGAGGUGCGCAGGAUCCUGCGCCUCAAAGGGGAGGAGCUGCGGGCCGCCGGCGGCGGCCUGGAGAAGGAGCGAGAGUCCGCCCGCAGGCAGGCCCGGGAACUGCAGCGCCAGCUGGCCCGGGGACCCGUCGGCAGGUCCGGCUCCUGCAGGGCGGCGGGGAGGAGGGCCCCCGGUUGCCCGGGCAACCUGGUGACCUACCAGCGGCUCGAGCGGGUCCUCCAGCAGCUGCGGCGGGAGGCGGAUGGCGAGCGGGCCGCCCUCGUCCGACGCCUCGGAGAGGAGCUGGAGCUGGAGAAGAGCUACUUCCUCCGCCACCUGCUGGAGGCGCACGGCUGGGCGGAGCAGGAGGUGAGCGGGCGGAGCAGGCGGAGGUCCUCCAGCUGCUCCCAGCUCCUCGGCAGGCCCGCGAAGGCCGAGUCGGACCACGCCCGCGGCGGACAGCGCGUGUCCCGCUCCCGGUCCUUGCCGCAUAAGUCGAGGAGCGCUUCACCGGUCCCCGAGAAAAACGACGAGGGAGACCCUCCCUGCCGCACCUCCCGCUGCUCCUCCUCGGCGAAGGAGGUGUCUUUCUGCAGCAGCGCGUCUUCGGAGUCGCGCUCCACGCAGACCUCGCCCGCUGAAGGGUGGAUGUCCGUCCGCCAGCACUCCGUCACGGAGUCGGCCGUGUUGGACGAGUCCUCCCUGUCCAAAUGCUCUCUCUCCGACAUGGACAGCACGAAUGGCACAGAUUACGGAUACCUGGUGCGGCAGAACUCGGAGUUGCUGCGGGCACUGGACGAGCUGGAGAAGACUUGUGCGGCUCUGAAGGAAGAGAAUGGCCUUCUGCGCAAGAGCAGCUCCCCGGAGACGGAGGAGAAGGUGAAGAGGCUGAAGAGGAAGAACGCCGAGCUGGCCGUCAUCGCCAAGCGCCUGGAGGACAGGGCUCGCAAGCUGCAGGAGGCUAACCUCAAAGUGGUGAACGCGCCCAUCCCGAUGAAGGCGGGGGCGGUGGAGCAGUACAAGCGGGCCUUCGCCCGGCAGCGGGCGCGGGACCUGGCCCAGCACGCCGACACCCUGCUCUCCAAGGACAAGGAGAUCGCCGCCCUGCAGCAGGAGUGCAGGGAGCUGCAGGCCCGGCUCGGCACCGGGAAGGGUUCCCCCAGCCCCUCCGGGGUCCCGGAGUUCGAGCGCCUCCUGCGGGAGUCCCAGAAGGAGGUGCUGAGGCUGCAGAGGCAGCUGUCCGUGUCGUCCUGCAGAGAGCCGUCCGUCGCCAGGAGCGACAAGGACAAGGCGGCACCGGAGACCCCUUUGCCUGCAGUGGAUGAAGCCCCAGCCCGGAGCGAGGAGGCUCGGGGUGAGGAGGAGGAGAAGGAGGAGCAGGGGGCGCCAGUGAGCCCGGAGCCCGCAGUCUGCCUCCCCAACGCGGACCAGUCUGAGGAGCAGCGGCUGCAGCUGCUGGAAAGCGAGCUGUGCAAGAAGAGGAAAGAAUGCGAGAACCUUGAGCACGAAGUAAGGAAACGGCAGAAGAGAUGUCUGGAUUUGGAGAGCCGGCUCGAGGACGAGCAGAGCAGGAAUGAGCGGUUAGAGGAGGAGGCCGACCGUCUGAGGGGGAAGGCACAGCUGCUCGACCAGGUCCAGGUUGAGAAUGAGGUGCUGAGGGACGACCUCUCUGACGUGACCGCUCAACGCAAUUCAGUGCUCGAGGAGAACCAGAGACUCCGCGCCAAACUGGAGAACCUAGAGCAGGUCCUAAAGCAUAUGCGAGAGGUAGCUGAGAGAAGGCAGCAGUUGGAACUGGAACAUGAGCAGGCUCUGGCUAUCCUCAAAUUCAAGCAGGAUGAGAUCAAGCGGCUGCAGCGGGCCCAGUUUUUUGCCAAGAGGGAACAUGAGGGGGUUGUGCAGAUGCUGGAGGAGUUGACCCAGCUAGUGUUGCAGAGAGAGCUGUCGAAGGUGCGAGACCUGGAGGAGAAAUGCAGAAGCCAGAGCGAGCAGUUCGGCCUGCUCUCCCAGGAGCUGGAGAGGUUCCGCCUGCAGACCGGCAAGAUGGACGCAGGCAGCAGCUCCGCGCUACCCAACCCGGGCCUCUCCCACCUGACCAAUGGGAUCGGGCUGGGCGGGGAGAGAGAGUCUCUGAGCUCGUGGGAUUUGAUCAGUCUGGGGGACAUCGCCUUCUGGAGUCUGGAAGGGAGUGACGGUCCUUUUUGCGACCUGUCUCUGCAGGACCUGGGGCCCGUUCCCCGCCCCGCGGCCACCGCUCACGGGCCGGCGCCGGGCCGGGCCGACCGGUCGCCCGGCACCCGUCACCGGGAGCUGCCGACCAUCAGCGCCAAGUCGGGCUCCACCUCCAGCACCCCCAAGUCCGACUCCAAGCACCUCACCCCCAAGUCCGAGUCCCUCCCUCACAGCCCGCGGAAGUCGUCCCCUACGCAUGAGGUCGACACGGCCAGUGAGGUGGAGGAGCUGGACAUUGAUGUUUCCCCGAUUCCAUACCCCGGGAGCAGAGUCGCCGCUAAGCUGCAGGUCUUCAUUGCCAGAUACAGCUACAACCCCUACGACGGUCCCAAUGACAACCCAGAAGUAGAACUGCCACUCACGGCUGGAGAGUACAUCUAUGUCUACGGAGAUAUGGAUGACGACGGCUUCUACGAAGGGGAGCUGAUGGACGGGCGGAGAGGGCUGGUCCCCUCCAACUUCGUGGAGCGCGUUUCCGACGACGACAUGAUGAGCCUGCACCCCCCGGAGGCGGGCGAGCUCUCGCACGGCUCCUUCCAGGACAGCAGCCUCCACAGCGAGAAGCACCUGCGCUUCAGCCUCAGCAGCUCGGGCCGGGCCGAGCCGCCCGCCCCCGACAGGGCCCCGGCCCCGCUGGCCAACGGCCUGGACCUGGACGCGGAGGAGGCGGGCCUGGACUCAGUGCCUUACCCGCGCAAGCUGACCCUGAUCAAGCAGCUGGCCAAGAGCAUCAUCAUCGGCUGGGACCCGCCCCUGGUGCCCGCCGGCUGGGGCAACGUGUGGGGCUACAACGUCUUCGUGGACGAGGAGCUGCGGCUCAACGUGCCCUUCGGCGCGCAGACCAAGGCCGUGCUGGAGCGGCUGGACGUGGGCCUCCGGUCCUACCGGGUGUCCGUGCAGAGCCUGACGGACAGGGGGGGCUCGGACCGGCUCCGCUGCAGCCUGCUGGUGGGCCGCGACGUCAGCGUGGCCCCCACCGGCCUGAGGGCGGACUGCGUCGCCGCCACCUCCGCCAACCUCACGUGGUUGCCCAGCAACAGCAACUACGUGCACGUAGUGUCUUUGAACGACGAGGAGCGGGAGCUGGUGAAGGCCGGCAGCUACUCGCUCUGCCUGAGCAACCUGGAUCCCAACAAGCAGUACAGGGUGAAGGUGGAGGCCCGGCCCCACCGCACCCCCUGGGAGCUGCCCCUGGAGCGGAGGGAACACAAGAGUGCCACGACCUCCUUCACCACGCUGAUGGCAGGGCCUCCCGACGCCCCCCUGGAUGUGCAGCUGGAUUUGGGCCCCACCCCCGGCAUCGCGCUCAUCAGCUGGCUCCCCGUCACCAUCGACGCCGCCGGGACCUCCAACGGCGUCCGGGUGACGGGGUACACCAUCUUUGCCGACAAGAACAAAGUGUUGGAGGUGUCCUCCCCUACAGCGGGCAGCGCCUUGCUGGGCCCGUCCCAGAUCCACGUCCUCAAGUCCGCCAGCGAGCUGACGGUGCGGACCAUGUCCCCCCACGGCGAGUCCGUGGACUCCGCGCCCAUCAAAGUCCAGCCGAGACUCCUGGCUAUCACGACGGGCCCGGUUCCUCCUCCCCACCCGUCCCCGCCCGCCUGCUCUGACGCCGCCGCCUCCCUCGACCCCGCCCCUCGCGCCACGCCCCCACCGACGGACAACGCUUCUGCCAAACCACCCACGCCAUUCCACUCCCCGCCACUAGAGGCGCACUCCGCUCCCAGAGGGUCCUCCGCUGGCGUUCCCAAAGCGGAGCCCUCCUACGCCGAGGCCUGGGCGGACCCCUCCGUCUCCGUCGGAGACGUCCCCGUCAUCACACACGAGGUCUCCGUGGCGUCCCCACCCCGCAGCCAGCUCACGGUCAGUGUGGCCAUGUCGUCCGGCACCGACGAGGCCUUGGAGUCCCACAAAGACCCAGACAGCCCGGGGGCCCGGCGGCCGGCCGCGUCCCUCUCCGAAUUCCUGGAGGAGCCCGUGUCCAGCACCGAGCCCAGCGCCCCCCUCACCGUCUCCUCACAGCCCCUUCUCACCACCUCCUCCCAGGCCCCUCCCACCGCCUCCUCCCAGGCCCCUCCCGCCACCUCCUCCCAAUUCCCUCCCACUGCCUCCUCCCAGGCCCCUCCCACCGUUCCCCAGGCCACUCCCGCCGCUCCCCAGGACCCCCUGAACCCGCCGGACACCCACCCGCUGCGGCCCGUCCACCCCUCCCCGCUGGAGUCGGAGACGGAGGACGACAGCGCGCAGAGCGCCCGGCUGGUGUCCAUCGAGGAGUUCCUGGACCACGGCGACGGAGGCUACGCGAAGAGACGCCAGGACUACGCGGCGGGUCCGGCGGAGCCCCUGAGCGAGUACCAGGCGGAGAGCAGCCGCGGCUCGGACCUGUCGGACAUCCUGGAGGAGGAGGAGGAGGACCUGUACUCGGACCCCGCCGGGGAGGAGAGGAGCCGGGGCUACGGCGCGGGAGGAGCCGCGGUCCGGCUGGACGUGUGGGAAGCGGACAGCGACGAGGAGGUCCUGGAGAAGAUCCUGAAGCUGCCCCUGCACUCCUGCCUGAGCAAGCAGCUCUUCAGCAUCGCCGAGGUCACAGAGGAAGAGGACGACAGCCUGGAGCUGGAGGAGCCCCGCCCGCGGGGAGGAGCCGGCCACGUGGGCAGGCCAGUGGCGAGCGGCGGCUCCUCGAAUGGCAGAUACUACGGCCACGCAGACCCGCCGACCGGCGGCAGGCCCCGCCCCCGCGCGGGCCUCUCGGGGGACGGUGCCGCGCCCGCCCGGAGCAAGCGGAAGCACAGGGUUCGCUACGCCGACACGGUGGAGACCAUCAGCUACCAGGACGACUGGGACUCGGACGGCGGCGUCCCCAGCCGGGACGUCUGCGCCAGGGGGUCCCCGGAGAGAGGGCACGGGACCUACCCCCCGAGGGGCGGGGCCGACCGGCUGAGGAGGGAGGCGUUGCUGAGGAGCCAGAUGACCUUCGACCUCGGCAUGUCAGACCAGUAUCGUCACGCGGGCCCAAGUCUGAAGGCCCCCGCCGGCGGGGGGGUGGAGAUCGAUAUCGAGUACGGGACUGAGGACGACGAGGAGGGGGCCCCCUACGACCCCGGCGGGGCGGCGGAGCGGGCCAGCUCGGAGCGGUGGGCGGGGGGCGGCCGCCCGGAGGUCCGGGAGGAGCCCAGCGCCUCCUUCGGCCUGAAGACGGCGCCGGGCCCUCGCUCCAGGGGGACGGGGCCCCCCGAGGGCCUGCCGCUGGGCCCCCGCAGGGCGUCCCUGCACGCGGCUGAGGUUUACUGCGCCGCCGACGGCCGCACAAGGGAAACCCUCGGCAGCGAGGACCCCCAGCUGGCCGAGGCGGCGGCGGCGGCGACGGCGGCCUGGUACGGGCAGAGCUCGCCGAAGCAGGGCCGCGCCGAAGCGACGCAACCGAAAGACGGACAGCUGGAGGCGGAGCCUGAGAGGCUGGUAGCCGACGGCGAGGUGCGCAUCUUCGUGGCCCUCUUCCCCUACGACCCCGCCGUCAUGUCCCCCAACCCGGACGCCGCCGAGGAGGAGCUGCCUUUCAAGGAGGGGCAGAUUAUCAAGGUGCACGGGGAGAAGGACGCCGACGGUUUCUACCGCGGGGAGUGCGGCGGCCGCCUGGGCUACGUGCCGUGCAACAUGGUGUCCGAGAUCCAGGUGGACGACGAGGGGACCCGGGACCAGCUGCUGCAGCAGGGCUUCCUGUCCGCAGAGGCGUCCAUGGAGAAAAUAGGCACUCGUUCACAUGCACAGCUUCCCCGUCGCCCUGUUCCGCCAACGAAACCUAGACGAUCCAAGAAAGUGGAAUCUGCCGGUGUUUGGGAGGACAGUGUAGACUCGAGUAGAGGUUCCAGUCAGCCUGUCGGCGGACCUCAGUCCCUCGCCCCCCGCAGGAUGGUGGCCAUCUUCGAUUACGACCCCCGGGAGAGCUCCCCCAACGCCGACGUCGAGGCCGAGCUCAAAUUCAGUGCCGGGGACGUCAUCUACGUUUUUGGGGACAUGGACGACGAUGGAUUCUUUUAUGGCGAAGUGAACGGGCAGAAAGGUCUGGUGCCGUCCAACUUCCUGCAGGCCCUUCCUGAGGCUGGGGCCGAGGCGGCCGGGGGCCCCGUGGGGGACCAGGGGACGUCGGAGAGCAGGCGGGAGUCCCAGGCGAGCCUGACCGUGUCAGAGGACCCGCCCGCACCCUCGAUAGCCGCAGAAGAGGAGUCCCCCCCAGCUCCCGAGCCGGCCACCAGCACCACUCCCCCCCGCCCCCCUCCCUCAGAGAGCCCCACUCAGACUGACGCCUCUCCCCCAGGAAAGAAGAAGAAGGGCUUCUUCUCCAAAGGGAGGAAACUGCUCAAAAAACUGGGCUCCAGCAAGAAGGACUAAUGCCAGGACAGCCUCCCUUUCUUUUUCUUUUUUUUUUUUUUUUUUUAGCAGAAAGCACUUUUUAACUUCAGUGCUGGUUAUUAAGGACACUGGCCGUCCUCUCCCAGAGAUGCACUGAGAAAAUGUUGACCAUCUCUGGAGAUUCCUAUAAGCACUUAAAGUUUGUUUGUCCAUUGAGCAUUUGACCUGGCUUUCACUGCUGUUAUUGAACGAGGAGAUGGCAUUGCAAGGCUUUGAAGCUGCAUGUUUAAGUAGGGUACACUUCCUUUGCCCUUUUAACUGCUCAAAUCCCUUCACCAGAAGAGCUUACUAUUACUCCUGGCUGUCUAUUAGGCUUAUGUCAAAAGCUGGAAUAUAUUUGUGCAUAAUUGUUAACAAUAGAAGCAAUUCAGAGGUAAAACCUAGUAUGCCACAUGGUUUUAUAGUUGUGUGACUCCAUACCUUCGGAAACACCCACGGGAGUGUUACUUAUUGGUUUAUGUGCGAGUUGACCUGUAAAUGGUUUCUUAGCUAUUGUUCAAUGCCAGAUGGAAGGUAUUCUCUCCUUGUUCCUCUUUUGGGUUGUUCACACUUAUCAAGUGGGUUGAAAAGGGACUGAGUUUUAAAUGGAUUUAAUCUGUUCAGUGGUAAUUGCAUGUUACUUGUCUGAGGUGUUUUUAUAAGUGUUUUAAUGUCUUCGGCGUUUGAAAUACCACCCUGUUCAUGCACUACUGGUUUGUUCGGUGCGGCAGUUUGCACAUACAAUAAGUGUGGCCGUGUUUGUGCGAAGCAUACAUGAGCUUAUUGGCCAUGCUUUUGCCGACGUGGAGCUGUCGGAUGAUCGCAAGAUCUUUUUUUUAGUGUGACAGCUCCUGGGUAUUCAGAAAUGCUUCAGUAUUCAUUGGCUUUCUAAUGAAAACGAUGCAGCGUGAAAUAUUAUUUGUCUUGCCGACAAACUUCCCCCCUCCCCUACCCCCACCACCCCUCCCCCAGUAUUUAAUUAUAUGUAGAUGUACCGCUAGCUCGUGAAACUGAGACUGUUGUCUUUGCCUUUCUGAACUGAAAAUGGGAAUUUUAAUUCUGAAUUCUGACGGGCGGGAGUAAGUGUCAGCGCGCGAGCGCCUCGUUGGCUCGUCUCGGCUGCUUGGCCUGUCAGCGGCCAGCGUUGUCCGCGCAGCGUUGCGCGAAGUCAUCCGAAAAGCUCGCGGGGCUUUGUAACGCGGCGACUGUUCUCUCUUCUGAAUUUGCCUCCGUUUUAGGAGCGUGAAAUCCUCGCCUCUGUAAAGAUAAUGGACAUUGUAAAACUGUUUUGAUAAUAGCAACUGGGGGAAAAUGUUAAUUACCGACAUGGCCGGCGACCCAUUGUUUGGUAACCAGGAGCUCUACUUCUUUGAUUUGUUUUAUUUCACAAUAUGCAGUAAUUUAUUUUCAGGAAGUAUUUAACUUAGUAUUGGUGCCCCUGUGUCGAGGUGUCUGUUUCUUUCUUUGUUUUGUAAUUUCAAUGACAGGGCUCUUAUGAAAUCACGCUCUCAGGUUAAAAUGGUAGUUGGACAGUUAAUUAUUAUUAGCAUUUAAACCACCUACCCCCUAGCUUUGUGCUUGUUUCCUUAGCAUCUGAUUCUUGCCAAACUUUCAACUGGUGAACAGACAUUGUGGUGAUGGUGUGACUGACCAGAUGCAAAGGGACCCGGUCAAAGAGAACUAGAGCAGAGCUGAAGGUACAUUUUGUGUAGUUGAAGCUCAAGUGAAGUUUUAUUUUUAUUUUUUGGGUUUCCCCAUGCAUGCACAGUGCUACUGAGAGCUCAGUUUUAACACUAUCAAUAACACUAUGGGUGACAGUGGUUUUACCCUCAAUUAGGUCAUACUAUCUUUGCCUCUCGUUAUAGUCUCUUUUAGAUAGAAAAGGCUACAAAGGGAAAAAAAGCACUUUGAAUUUUCCUAAACGUGCAUAGCUCAAAUUUGCAAUCUCCAUGGCCUGUAGUUUCCAGUGCUCCCUAUACUGCUCUAUAGUUAAAUACUCAGCUGAUACCUUGCUAUCAUUGCUUCAAGAAUGUACCAGCCAAAUUGGCCCUGUUAGCAUAUGCUAGUCUGCACUGCUGCUUAAAUAGAACUUCAAUGGUAGGAAGUACACUAGUAACGGUUGAUAUUUGUAGCCUUAUAUGAACUCUUUUAGUCUUAAUUUGUUGUUUACACAGUGUUUAUAUUAACUGCAUGCAUAAUGUCCUGCCCAUAUUCUGCCUUAUUUGUUACAUUAAUGGAUUUAUAGAAGUAUCUGCCAUUUUGUUUGCAUUUUUGGUAUGUUUUAUGGUAGCCAAGUAAGGAGCAUGCAAAAUGCAGCAGUUAGACCUGUAUAUAAUGUACAGCGUAUGAAUUGUUGUUGGGUUUUGUCAAUGAAGUAUGAUAUUUUCAUACAGUAGAAAGCAUUUUCCCUUACUGCUGUACAUGUUGUUUUUAAAAACCAGAAUUUUUUUGUAUAUUGAGAUUUUUAUUACCUGUUUUAAAAGCUCAUGUGUACAUAUGGUCCUUUUUGUUAUUGUUUAUCUGUUUUUUUUGCAUGUUUUCUUGAAAAGCAGUGUUGGUUUGAGAAACAGUAAUGGUGGAAUUAGUGCACGGAGGAGCCGACUUGGAAGUGUGAAGAUAUCUUUCGGUAUGGAAUCAAUCUUUUUACAGGAAUAAAGUAUAUUUUCACAUAAAA